AUGAAGCUAAAUUGUGAGAUUAGGAAACCACAACCACCACCUCCACCUCCCUCACAAAAGGAGGUUUUGGCAGAGCCCCAGCCCCGGCCAGCGUUUGGAGCGACCCAUGCCGAGCCCCCAGUGUCCCUUCACCUCUCACCGACAGAGAGUGUCUCAUCCACACCUGCUGCUUGGGUCAGUGAAGGUGUGCAGGCUAUUUCCACACCUGGAUACGGGGUCACCUCCACACCUGCCUCGCCCCUUGAUCCGAAACAGCCCGCCACACAAAGCUGCCGUGAGACGCUUAACUCGCACCAGCGGGGACAGGAGGGCAGAGUGCUGAGGCUAACUGGGGGAUCUUUCAAAAUUUAUGUCGAUCGUCCUGACCUCCUUGGUGACAGGGCGCGUGGAUCACCGCCUCCAGAGGGCGGGGCACGGCAGGGCGUGCCUCUAAGUGUCACCUCCCCGCUGCAAGUCGAGUCAGAGGUGUUUCUCUUCGCCGUGGCCGUCGCCGCCUUCCACCUGAGCCUUGCCGCCCCAGCAGACCUGAGCUCCGAGGAGGACAUCCCCAUCGUGAAGGAUGAACGAGUUUUGGAGGAUGAUGGAAAGUUCAACUUUGAGAUAGAGACGGGCAACGGCAUCCGUAUGUCCCAGGGAGGCUCUCCUGACGGUGUUGACGGCGCCGUGAACCACGCCGGCCAGUACUCCUACACCGCCCCUGACGGCACCCUGGUGGAGCUGAAGUUCGUGGCCAAUGAAAACGGCUUCCAACCACAGUCUGCCCUGCUGCCCGUGGCCCCCGAAUUCCCCCACCCCAUCCCUCAGUUUGUGCUGGACCAGAUCGCCUUCGCCGCGCUGCAGGACGCCAAGGAGUCCGAGGAGGAGGAGGAAGAGGAUGAUGAUUGAGGUGAUGCAGUCAUCGUGGGCGACAUUCAGUAUUGGACAGUUUAAUUAUGGUAUUUAUCUUCUCUGAUAUCAGUCAUUAGUAUGGAAUAAAUGUUAUGAUAAUACGUUCA